UGCGUCGUGAGAGAGGAGAGUGCCAGAAAUGAACAAGCGCAUUGUUUUGACGGACUGUGUAGCAUAAAAUUGCCAUUCAAGAACACACACGACACGACUGUGGUGCGGAUUUGCUGUUUUAUUUUAGAAUUCCGUGGAAAAGGAUGAAAUAUUGAUUUAUUUUAGAGUUUAAUCGUGCUGUUUUUCGUAUUAAGUGUGACUGGAUUGAAAUUAACCCGGAAUGGGAGUUACGGGCUUGUGGAAACUGGUAGAACAAUCAGGCAAACCGGUUCCGCUUGAGACGCUCGAGAACAAGGUGCUUGCAGUGGAUAUAUCGAUAUGGUUGCAUCAGGUAAUCAAAGGAUUUCAAGAUUCGAAAGGAAGCUCACUGCCGAAUGCGCACAUUCUGGGACUUUUUCAUCGGUUGUGCAAAUUGAUGUACUAUCGGAUCAGGCCUGUAUUCGUUUUUGAUGGUGGCGUUCCCGCCUUGAAGAGGCAAACCAUUGCUAAGCGCAACCAAAGUAAAAGCAAAUACCACAAUGAAGCUGAUCGACUGCAACAAUUGCUGUUGGAAACUUUGGCCAAAGAGAAGGUCGUACAGCAAGCAUUGGGAUCGGCCACAAGUCUGCUCGUUUCGCCUUCGAAGAAGCCCGGCAACAAUAGCAAAACCGCAGACGAACCCGACGAAAUCUUCAAACUGCCACCGCUCAAAGAGGAUUCCCCAUUCAAAAACGCCGAUAGCUCCCAAACAGAUCUGGAUGAUAGCACCAGCUCUUGGGAUGAGAAAACUUCGAAAAGCUAUUACCACCUGAAUCUGAACGCGAUCGAUGUGACGAGCGUGCACUUUAAAAAUUUACCUGCCGAUGUAAGACAUGACAUUCUGAAUGAUAUUAAAGAGACCAGGAAGCAAAACUCGUGGGGCCGCUUGCAUGAGCUUCCAGUGGAAAGCAAUGAUUUUUCGUCGUUUCAAAUGAAGCGAUUGCUGAAACGACGAGCAGUUCAGGUAGAAUUAGAGGAAGCCGAGAAAGAAAUGGGUGGAAAGUGUCUUUCGCUGGCCGAACUGGAAGCUCUUCUCUCUGAGGAAGGAGUAGACACUUCUUCCAGUCAGGCGGCACAGAAGAUUGCAUCGGAUGAGAAUACGCGGUUUCUGCUGGUCAGAGACGUGCAAAAAGCAAUCGAGAAAGCUAAGAUUAAGGAAGAGCAGGAGAAAAAUGCACCCAAACCUCCAAAGCUAGCUAAAAGUGCAUCCAUGAAAACGGAAACGAUAGAUGUUUUGGAUGAUAAAGAAAUGGAUGAAGAAUUACAGUUGGCGAUCAAGAUGUCCUUGAUGCAGGAUGAAGAUCCUAAUGUAAAAAUCAAUCUGGAACAGGACGAAGUCCAAAUGUCAAAGCAACAGAAGCAAGCCCUAGGCAAUUCUGCCAUGACCCUAGCUAGAGGCUUCAUGUUGGAAUACGGUGGUAUGUCCAACGACGAUGUUCGAGAACUGUUGCACCAAACGCAAGACGUAGACCCAGGUGAAAUUGAGCAAUCUUUCACACAAAUGUUCGCUCACAAUUCCGUGUCGGUGCUCAAGGGAACCGAUGAUCCAGAAGACAAGCAAGAAACACAAGAAGUAGUCGUUUCAUCGGACACCGACACGGAUUCGGAUUUCAUCGACGUUCCCGAGGACGAUCUGGAUGAUAUGACUCCGGGGGUUUUGCUACCGUUGAAUCCCAGCAAUCACCUGAAACCACUGUACAGUACGGUUGUGGAUUUCAGACUGGAGGACCUGGCGAUGAACAAGGAUGGCAAAAAAGUGUUGGAAGUCGUUAUCGACGAGAGCAAGAUCGGAAAGAAAGACGAAGAGGACAUCUUUGCUGAUGUGUUCGAGAAGAGCGAUGAUCGAGCAAGCAAACUGGAAUCCCUAAAAGUGGCGCAGGCUGAUACGGAAAACCCUACAGAACAAGUCGAAAAACCUUCAUGCGGAGUAAGUGUUUCUAAGGUGUCAGAGCCAUUAGUUGCACCGAAGAUUACCGGCAUCAAAGUCAAAAAAGUGGAUGACAUCAAUGCUCGACUGCAGGAAGAACUCCAAAAGCUCAAAACUGCUCCAGCCAUAAGCCUUGACGAUAUUCUAUUAGAUCUUCCUCAAGAAGACAAUGAUUUAGUUCAGGUCAUUGAAACUGUUCAAAAUCACACCGAAAGCAACAAACCGGAGAAUGUGCGCAAUAUUGUCAAACAAGAACUCGAAAAACUAAAGUCGCAAACUCCGGUGAUAGAUUUAGACGAAAUCAAGUUGGAUGAAGCCCUGGUAGAAGCAAUUCCUGAUAAACUAGAAGUUAAGCUUACCAAGACUAGCUCGGAUGCUGAGGACAGUGACGCCACCGUGGGAUAUUCACCUAUGAAGGAGUUGCAAAAGGUGUUGAAAGACUCGGAACUGUCUCGCCCUGACAAUCUACAACAAAUCAAUGAGCACGAACCUGAACAGACAAUAAAUACUGCCCAACCAGUCUAUACAACUCCUAAAAAAGGAACGCUUGAGCACCUGGUCAAAUCGCGAACGCCUGGCAGCGAUUCGAAAAAAUCCGAACCCGAAGAAGACAUUCCAAAUGUUCCAAAACCAUUCUUCGUGAACAAAACGCCCACUUCAUCAUCUAAGAAGAAUAAACCAACUGAAUCGGAGUCCACUCCAAGCAAACCAGCAAAAGUUUCCAAAGAGUUGUUCCCGGAGCCAGAGCCAAUUCCAUCCACCAGCAAAGGCCCGCAACCUACAGCUGAAAAUAUGAUCACGGAUAUGGCCGACAAUUUGAAGGAAAACAAAACUCCCUUGGAGUUAAAAAGAAUGGCUCUGAAUCUUGCCCAAACCGAACGCGAGCUGGAGAAGGAGAAGAAUCGUCAAUCCCGGCUGGGGACGUCCAUCACCGAACAAAUGCAGGAAGAUUGCAUGCAACUGCUGCGGUUGUUCGGUAUCCCUUACAUUGUGGCCCCAAUGGAAGCGGAAGCCCAGUGUGCGUUCCUCAAUCAGAUCCAGAUCACCGAUGGCACCAUAACGGAUGAUAGCGAUAUUUGGCUGUUUGGUGGGCAGACCGUUUACAAGAACUUCUUCAACCAGCAGAAACUGGUGCUGGAGUUCACGGCGGACAGUAUCGAGCGUUUGUUCCAGAUGGAUCGGAAGAAGCUGAUCCAGCUGGCACUGCUGGUGGGCAGCGAUUACACGACGGGUAUCAGCGGUAUCGGAGCGGUCACGGCAAUGGAAAUCCUCGCAUCCUUCCCUGCUACACCGGAAAAGGACGGCGAAACAUCCGAAAUGAUGUCACUGCUAUCCGGACUGCGGAAAUUCCGUGAUUGGUGGAACCAUGGCAGAAACAAUUCCGUUGGCACCCGCAUAACUCUAAAGUCCAAACUGAAGAAUAUUGAGUUCACCGACGGUUUCCCGAGUUCUGGAGUGGUUGAGGCAUAUCUUUUCCCUACCGUCGACAGCAAUAAGGAACCAUUUUCCUGGGGCUAUCCGGACGUGGAAAGUUUGCGAGAUUUUACCAAGCAAAAGUUUGGCUGGCCACAGGCCAAAUUUAAUGAUAUAAUCAUGCCAGUGGUCAAACGGUUGGACGAACGGAAAUCGCAAGCUUCGAUCAAGAAUUAUUUCAAGGUACAAAGUGCGGUAGCUAAUAAUCAGUUAAAGGUGAGCAAACGUGUGCAGACCGCCGUGGAUGCCAUGGCGGGAAAAAUAACGGAAGAACCUUCCAAGAGCCCCAAGAAGAAAGUCGCACGCAAACGCAAGCCGAAAGCUGGUGAAGCCAAUCCGGAUGGUACUCAAGCCACAUCCUCUGAGGUUAUAUGUUUGUCCGAAAACAGCGAUGAUGAUUUUACGGAACCGAAGAAAACUAGAGGCAGGAAGACUGCUGCAACCACCGCCACAAAAUCUAAACCCAAAUCAACCAGAAAGGCAGCGACCAAAGCGAACACUUCUGAAAUCGAUAAACCAUCAACCUCAUUGGUGAACAUUGGAAGCAUAAUCUCAAAGAUAAAUGACCAGUCCGCUGAGAAGCUGGGAGACGAGGCUGCUAUUAUAGAUCGCAAGAGGGCCGCUAAGAAUAAGAUUCCGGAUUUCAAUCCGGCCAUCCCGCAACGUUUGAAAGAUGAAGAAGAGAUGGUCAACCGCAAACAACGAGCAAUUGAACUUUUCAAAAAGUCACAAACCGAGUCCAAAGUCAAAAAAUCACGCAAAUAAGUCCUGCCCAAGGUAGGUUGUAUGUUCCAUGUUAAAUUGUUAUUAAUGAAUACAGAACUGUUCGUAAUUGAUCGUACUGAAAAAUCU